UUCUGGUUUGAAGGAGAGAAGAAGGGAAAGCUAAGCCGAAGGAAGACGAGAGAGAGAAAGAUGAAGUUUUCGCUACUGGCUGUAUUCGUGGCUGGUCUUAUCCAGUGCUCUUCCAUGCAGAAUGAAGGAAAUCAAGACAUUGGAUCAGACCUACUUGAAGCUAUCAACUGCCUCAAAGGCACAAUUGCUAACCCUAAACACAGACGUCGUUGAAGGCAUUGGAAAAUGCACAGACGAGCCACAAACCAGGUGCCCAGAAAUUCCCACCCAGCUUGAAGACACUUCCUCCCCGCCACCAUCACAAGACACGUGUCCACCAUCGACGGAGCCGGCCUGCCCCCCACCCGACCCUCCCUCCCUCUGCGAGUGUGGCGGCUGCUGCGGCUGGCGCAAGGUCGCCUAUCAUAACCUGUCGGAUACCCGCUAUACAUGUCCCGCCGGUUGGCACCUCACUCCUCCCCCGGCAAGGGGGUGUGGCCGAGAGUCACACGAAGAGAAAACUUGUGACUCGGUAAAGUUCGAGGUCGAAGGUUCGUAUUCCCAGAUUUGCGGAGUUGUUCAGGGAUACCAAUUUGGGAGUACGGAAGCUUUCUACACGAGCCAUCUCAACAGGAGCAUCACUAUUGACGACAGCUACGUGACGGGGGUGAGCAUAACUCGCGGUAACCCACGGCAACACGUGUGGACGUAUGCAGCCGGGCGCUACGAACGUGCAACUUCCAACCGUCAAAACUGGUUCUGUCCGUGCGAACAAGUAAGCGCAACUUUCAUUCCUUCGUUUGUCGGCGCCUGUUGGUACUGCGAAUCAGGGAACAAUGCCCCCUACGGAUCAAGCGGAUACCACCUACACUCAGACGACGUUCUAUGGGAUGGUGACGGGUGUAAUUACGAAGGAAGAUGCUGUCAGUUUGACGGCCCGCUGUGUUUCAGCCAGGCACUCCCGGAACCAACCAGCGGACCGAUUGAAGUCCGAAUAUGUAACCACCACACGUCGCAGUAUUCCAACGUUAUCAUCUCCCAUUUGGAGCUGUAUGUGAAGUGAGACGACGAGAAUACAGCUCCUCAGAAGAACUGCAGUUACUUUAUAAUGUAGACGUCUACGUACAACAAAUGUGUGAGGACAAAAUAUUUGCUACGUACCAGAAUAUUGAUCAUAUCGUGUGUUGUGUGGAUAAGAGUUUUGCUGCCUUGAAAAACUUGAUACUGGUUGGUUGAAUCAACCACUUCGUGUCACUCAUACUUUAAUGAUUUUUUAUCAGCAUAAUAUUGUGAGGUAUUAUGCCUCAAUUCAGUAUC